AUGCAAUGGCAGACUGACACGAAUGAUUAUGAGACGUGUCUACGCAAGUGCCAGAAGUACUUUGCAAUAACACAUACCGGUACUUGUGGAGGCUCCCCUUGGAACAAAACGGUCACCGGCCAUCGGCCCUGGGCCCAGACCAGAAACCUCCCCCUCCCCUCCGUGCCUUCUCCGACCCCCCCGAGAUUGGGAACGGGCCUCCCGCUUCACCUCAUGUUCUCAAUUGGGCAUGGCUCAGGUACAUCCAUCUUGUACCUCUUGUUCCUUCUCCCGAAUCCGCCAAGAGACAAUCGGAAGGGUCCAAAGUCGGGAAUGGCGGCCCAAGAAACCUCAUCCGGAGACACCUCACCAUCCUCGCAUGCGCUGUCGUCAGGACCGCACGAUCGGGACUGCUCGAGAUGCUGCACCCUCUGCACCUCUGCAUCUCUCCCUUCAUCGCCGCCUCCCCCGGAUCGCCCAAGCUUCCGCCCUACCACGCGGGAUUGGAUAGAGCCUCAUGCUCUCUGCAAUACUUGGAGACCUGAACUUGCGUUUGCCAGGCCAGUCAUGCCGUUGCUUCGGACUCAACUUCUAGAAUCCCCCGUUCGGCUCGUUUCGACUCUCAACCCCUCCUCCUCCUUCUCAGCCCAACAUCCCAGUAUUGAUCUCUUUGGUCCAUGGAUCGAUCCACGAACCCUUGCAACCAAACCCCUCCUCUUGCUCCCCCCUCCCACUUCCUCCUCGGACAAAAUCACAUCGUCGACUUUGCGUCCCUCUUCGAGAUUGGCGUUUGCCGCUAGUCGGGCAGAUUCAGGCACAAAAUCACCGCCGCCAAUCAUCAAGAGCCACCACGACCCCGUCCCGCUCGCUUGUCUGCCCCAAUCCCUGCUCUCCGCCUGUCUUCAUCGUCGGUAA